UUCAGAUGUAACAUGCGUAACUACACCUUUUUUGCAUUCUCCUUAAACAGUAGUUGGCAUAAACAUAUUAUUUCACUGAUGUAAUAGUAUUUAUUAAUGUGCUUUUGAGCGAACAGGUGCAUUUCGGGCUGUAAAAGAUUUUGUAGAAACUUUAAAUCUAAUGAAUUUAAGACCUUGAGAUGAUAUCCGGCUUGCAGUAAGAUGUUAGAUGUGUGUUUCACUGUUGUGUAUUAUGAUUACAACUUCUUAAAACUUGUCAGAAUGCAUGUCUAUUUGUAAAAUGAUUUAAAUGCUGACUGACUGGCUUCGGUAUGUGUAAAGACUCCAACACAGGAUCCAAGUGGAUAGACAUGAACCAUAAUGUUCGAUUCAGUAAAUCUUAGUGGAAAGAUCAACAUUUCAGAAACCAUCAAGCAAGCGAACUCAACAUCCCAAUGACUGCAUGACUAAUGCAUGAAUCAGUCAGUGUAUCCCAAAACUGACUUCAACAAGCAAAGAUUGUCAUCCUGAAAGAAUUGAUCUAACAAUGCUGAGGACAAAGGCAUUGCCUCUGCUACAGACACAUAUAGCAGGUUUGGUGGCUCAGAGAGUUCAUCAGCUGGCCUCCAUCAAACAUGUGUGUGUGCUCCCUGAGAAGAGGCGUCAGGCUCUUCUGUACCCCUUUAACAGUCUGGAGGAGCACCUGUCCUCACAGGUCAGUCAGGAAGAAUUCAAGAUCUUUUAUCCCAGCUUGGAGGAACUCCGUCAGGCAGAGACAUUGUUCACUCCCUCCUCUAAACAUAGUAUCGACUAUUCUACUUCUGCGGUCCGGUUUGACCAUUUACCUCUUCUUAAACAGCCAGAGGUGUGUUUUAUGGGCAGAAGUAAUGUGGGGAAAUCUUCUCUCAUCCGUGCCUUGUUCUCUCUUGCGCCGGAGGUAGAUGUGCGGGUCUCUAAAACUCCGGGCCACACCAAAAAGCUGAAUUUCUUCACUGUGGGAAAGGCCUUUACUCUUGUAGACAUGCCGGGGUAUGGACACAAUGCCCCACGGGACUUUGUAGAGAUGGUUGAACCGUACCUUCUAGAUCGUCAGAAUCUGGUGAGGACGUUCUUGCUGGUGGAUGGAGGUGCAGGUCUGCAGAAGGCAGAUUUAGUUGCUGUGGAGAUGUGUGAAGAGUUCAAUUUACCUUAUGUGCUGGUGGUAACUAAAAUAGACAGAACCCGACAGGGUACUUUGUUGGCUCUUAUUCUACAGCUUCGGGACUUUAUUAAAAAUCAAACCAGCACGUGUUUCCCACAGCCAUUUCUAGUAAGUUCAGUCCAGUUCUCUGGGAUUUAUCUGCUCAGGUGUUUCAUAACACAUGUAACAGGAAAUCUACAACUCAAUGCUAAACAGUCGUGAGUGUACUGCACUGCCUUUCCACACGUCACAAAGACAAACCUGAGGUCUGGACCCAAUAUCAUAAAACCAAUUUGAAAAUGACUGAUUUAAACCAUUUAAUUACUUCAAAUGCAGAGGCUGGUAUCACAAUAUUACUGGUUUCAGGAUUCAUGCAGCUCUGUAUAAACUCCCUGAAUGAUCCAGGAAUCAAGUGUAUGAUUUAACAACAUUUAUAUUUUAGUGAGAUCUUAGGGUAUUCCACAAAUGCACAUCCCUGUCUGUUGCUGUAUAGUCAAGUGCAAUAUUUGUUCUUCUAAAUAAAAUGACAGAAAGUGUUGCUUUGAAUGUUUAUGAGUGACUGUUCAACUUUAAAUCUUGCUCUUACUUUUGGAGAUUAAACCAAAAUUUACCUGCAUGAUA